CUCUCUCUCUCACCCCAAAGCCCUCAGACUAGCCAGACAAGCGAAAGAGAAGUGAAAAAGAAGCCUCACCGGCAGCUUGACAAUUUGUUACCUCCAGCGCUACACACUCGGGCUUCGAGGGAAAGUCUGUGAAGAAUGGAAACCACUUGAGCGCGUCUUGGAUCAGGACAACGGGCUGUCAUGUGGAGGAGCCGGGCUGUUGUUGAUGCACCGAACAUGGCAAGUUUCUCACAGCGGAGCCCAGCACGGCUGCCGGGAGAGGAUUAUCAGCAGCAGACGUGAGGAAACAUUCUGCCUGAGGACAAACUUCUGCAACGAUGAACCCAGAAUCCCUGGACUCGUCCAUCCAGAGCGCCCUCUCCUCGCUCUUCCCGCCGUUCGAGGCCACGGCGCCGGUCGUUCUCAGCCAGCUGUUUCGCACCAUCGAGGAGCGUUACCGCGGCGACGCCUUGCAGUGCCUGCUGGACUUCCUCAUCCCGUCCAAGCAUCUGCUGGAGAGCGUGCAGCAAGCGGCGUGUGCCGGAUUCUCCGACGUGCUCUUCCGCUGCGAGGGCUGGCCUCUGUGUCUCCACGACAAAACCGUCGUCCAGCUGGCGCCCGUGAACGCUUUGCUGCUGCGUCCGGGCGACUUCUACCUGCAGGUGGAACCCUUUGGCGACCAGGCAGCGCGCAUUGUCCUCAAAAGCCUGCUGGAGGACGGCUGUCGGGAGGUGGAGGAGACGCCGCUGCCCGAGACGUCCUACCCCUGCAUCUUCACCGAAGCCUGGCUGCAGGACAUCAACGACGGGCGCCAUGGAACGCCGCUGGCUCGCUGCUUGCUCUGCACCGAUCAAGGCGUGAUCAAGUUGCCCUGGGCCAAAAUCGCCAUCCCAGAGUUCCUGGACAGGCCUAAGAUCAUGCCUACGCACCGGGAGGCUCCUCCUGAGCCCAAGCGGACCGCGCCCCCCUCCCGCUACCACUCGUCCACUCUUCCGGUGGAAGCUCUGAUUUUUCCGGCCAAGGACCGAAUAUCGGGGUGUCUGAGACCUGCGGACUGUUCUUCCAGACUUGUCAAAAUGCAACACGACAAGCAAAGCCCUAAAUCAUCCUCUAAACCUCUAACUAAACCCGUGGGCUGGGUUUCGCCCAAUACGUGGGACAGCCGUAACUACCGCGAGAUGGAGGGCGAUUACGUGGACCUGGUGGACAUCUGCAAAGAGGAGGAACGUGGGCAUCAGCAGAGGGACAGUCACCCAUGUCCCCCUGAGUCCGCCGUCGUCAGACCUGUCAGACCGCCUCCGCCCGUCCCGCUCGGGAGGGGAGUUCCGCGCAGCCAAGCGAAGCUGGGCCCAGAACUCACCGAUCAAGACUUGAAGUGCAGGUACAGAGACUCGUACCUGGCAGCACUGAGAAACCCAGUCACGUUCGAGAGGGGGAGCGUGGACCUGCUGAGCGCCCUGGACGAGGUUGGCCUCUGUGAGGAGGGAGACUUAGGAUCCGGGAGGACGCGCGAAGCCCCGAGGAGUGAACUGGGGAAUAUUUGUAACCACUCGAAGGAAGCCGUCGUUCAUCACGAGCUCUGGCAACAUAAACACUGCGCUCCACCGACUCCAGAGCACUUCCCAUCUCACCCCAAGGACCUUCCUGCAAAUUCAGGAACAGAAAGCCUCAUGAAGCAGCCUGCCCUGAUAUUAAAAUCGACCCCCGGUCUAAACCACAGCCACAGAGUUGCAACCAAACUCUUUUCCCACCAGUUGGGACACAAUGCGCAUGGAUCGGAUGUGUUUCUGGAAAACUGUGGCGACGCGAAAGCACAUCAGAAGGCGGAGGCUGUGAAAGCGUCAGGGAAACACAAAUUUAAGGUGAGGUCUCUGUCCACUGUGUCUGAGACGCCUAAAGGAAGUCCGCUUCUCUAUAAUGUGAACAACAGGAGCCACAGCGACGUGUGCCCUGAAACAAUCACCAGCCUCAUCCACAGUAAGAAAGGCGAACUGUUGGAUCAGGUGAUUCCGAAGCUGGAGCGACUGGCUGGAAAGUCCCCGAAAAAAGAGUUACAGUCAGGCCGAAGUCAAGGUCCCUCCAUCACAGAUGGAGCGGAUUCAGAGCCGCCGCCUCAUCUCCACGUCCAGCUUCCUUCUGCACCUUCUGACAAUCGCUGGUCCCCACUGACGGAAGAAUCCAGCUUCAAAAACAUCAGCAGUCUGCUUGAACUGGGGAUUAUCUGCUUGACAGGCAGCAGGGACCGGACGGGCAGGGCGGUGGUGGAGGUCCACGGCGACAGGAAGGAGUGGGCGUCCCCUUUUGUGUCAGCACAGAAUCUCUGUGAAUCGCUGCUCUACCUUCACUCCUUACCAAGGAAAGAUGUCGGGGAGCUGGGAAUGACUUUGGUGAUCAAUGCCAGGAAGAAGCCCCCACCCUCCCACCUGUACAAAGCGCUGCUGAUGGCCCAGGAGCAAGCGCUUCACGCUGUGCACAGCGUCGUGAUGCUGAUGGACAAAGACACUUGUCCGCGACCUGAAAAGCAACCGGGGCUGCAGAUGGACGUGGUCACGUCUAUGAAAGCCCUGAACAAGACAGUGGAAGCCUCCCAGCUGACGCCUGAACUGGGGGGCAGCUUCGUUUACAGCCACACUGAUUGGCUUCAGUUUCAUCAGAGGCUGGUCUCUUUCGUGGCUGACCUGCGCGGGGCUGACGGCCUGCUGCAGAAGGCCAUCGGGAAAGUUGACAGCGGCAAAAAGUUGGACACCGCCGAGGACGUGCAGCUUUGCAUCCAGGAGCAGAGGGCGUCGAUGAAAGAAGUGCUGGAAGACUUGCAGCUGGUGACCCUCCAAAGAGAAGGAGGAGCUCUGUUGGCCAAGAUGAGGAGGGAGGAAUUCAGAUUCCCACAGUCUGAGGACUUCAGAGAUGCUCUGGAGUCAGUUACCAUUCUCUACAACCAGGUGGAGGAGAAGCUCCACAUGCUGGUGAUGAGAUCAAACGGGUCCCUGCAGCAGCUGGAGCUGCUCUUCGGGCUCAGAGAGAUGGAGGCCAAGCUAAGCACGGCCGGACUGUGGUUCAGCACAGAAGGCGAGGAGAGGCUGAAGGAGUCCUACGCAGCAGGCGACACCCUGCCGUGCACCCAGGAGGCCUUGCAGCACUUUGAGGUGUUCCUCGCUCAGUCGAAGGAGAACCGACAGAACGCCGUGGCCCUGGUGACGGAGGCCGAGCAGCUCGUCGGCUCCACUGACUCCAGUCCUACCACGGACGUGUUCCGGACUCUCGUCAGCACCUUUAAGUCCAACGUGGAUGAUUUCAUGCUGCGGGUGGAGCAGAGGCACAAAGAACUGAAGCGGCUGGAGCACGUGUACGGCUUCUGUCUCAAGGCGGCUGCCUUCUGCAGAGAGUGCAGCCACUUUCUGGGGCAGGUGGAUCAGGGGUGCAGCUCGGCUCAGACUCUCAGCGCGCUCCAGAUGUAUGACGAGAGAUUGGCCGGCGAGUUCUCCGCCCCGCGCUUCCAGGCGGCGAAGGCCGAGGCGUGCGCUGUGGGAUCGGGGGCCUCGGGGGCCGUGGGGGUGUGGAAUGCGGCGUGGCUCCGGUGCCAAGAGGUCAGGCAGCACCUUGAAGAGCACAAGAAGAAGAAUGGAGUGGAUAAGAACCAGACCCAGCACCCCGCGACUGCAGGCCCUCGAGGCACAGCUGGAGAUAAGGAGGAGGGGGAGGCGGGAGCUGAGGUGGGGGAGGAGGAAUGCUCCCCCACUCAGACCAGCUCUCACGAAGAGACAGAAAGAGCCAGAGAAAGGAGCGCCGAUGACUUGAAGGAACAACCCCACCAUCAGAAAUCGCACAAAGAGCGGCCUCGUAAUGAGGAAACCGGUCCCGUCUCUCCGCCCAGCCGCUGCGAUGCAGCCGGCAGAAGCCGGCGCGAGCACCACAGCGAGGCCGACCUGAGGACGGACUCCUCGGGGGCGGCCGGAGGCGUCGCGCCGCACAGAGCCCUGGGGCGCUCGCUCAGCGAGGGCUCCGGCGCGCUCUCCCGCGUCGCCUCGCUGGUCUCGGGCUUCGCCCCCUUGAACGUGCGACACAAGCACUGUGUCCUCCGGGGCCGGCCCGCUCCCCAUGACGGAGCGCUGCAGCCGGGAAACCCCAGCUGGGAGUCAAAAAGGGACGGGAGCGAAGGCACGGCCUCCGCCCAGAGCCCCGAAGACUCCACGACCCCAGAGACAUUACUCACAGCAGAGGACAAUGGGACCAAUGUUCUGAAGCUGAGGAGGAUCAUGGAGGAGCUGCUGUCCACAGAGCGGGAGUACGUGAAGGCUCUGGGUUACGUCCGGGAGCACUACUUCCCGGAGCUGGAGCGGCCCGACGUUCCCCAGGACCUCAGGGGCCAGAGGGGCAGCGUCUUCGGGAACCUGGAGAAACUCCACGACUUCCACCGGCUCCAUUUCCUGAGCGAGCUGGAGAGCUGCGUGCAGGAGGCGUUCAGGGUGGGACGCUGCUUCCUGCGGCAUAGAGAGAGCUUUGCUCUGUACGCCCUGUACAGCAAGAACAAGCCGCAGUCGGACAGACUCCUCAUCAAUCACGGACAGGCUUUCUUCAAGCAAAAGCAGGCGGCGCUCGGCGACAAGAUGGACCUGUGGUCGUACCUGCUGAAGCCCGUGCAGCGUAUCAGCAAGUACAGCCUGCUGCUGCAGGACAUGAUGAGGGAGUGCAGCCCCGCGCAGACCCGGGAGCUGGCCGAAAUCAAGGCGGCGCUGGAGGUGGUCCACUUCCAGCUGCGCCACGGCAACAACCUGCUGGCCAUGGACGCCAUCCAGCACUGUGACGUGAACCUGAAGGAGCAAGGGCAGCUCAUACGCCAGGACGAGCUCCUCAUCACGUUCAGAAGGAAGAAAUGCUUCCGCCACGUUUUCCUCUUUCAGGAACUCGUGCUGUUCAGCAAAACGAGGAAGACGGACGUGGGCAAUGAAACCUACAUCUACAAGCAGUCUUUCAAGACGUCGGACAUAGGAAUGACCCAGAACAGCGGCGACAGCGGCUUGUGUUUCGAGAUCUGGUUCAGGAAGAGGAAAACAGAAGACACCUACACGCUGCAAGCCGUGAGCCGAGAGGCGAAGGAGGCCUGGACCGAGGACCUGGAGAGAAUCCUGUGGGAGCAGGCGGUGCACAACAGAGAGGUGCGAAUGCAGGAGAGGGUUUUCAUGGGCAUUGGAAACAAGCCUUUCAUGGACAUUCAACCCAGUGACGCAGCCAUCUGUGACAGGGCUGUAAACUGUGUGCUACUGGGAAGAGAAAACAAGGUCCUGACCUCCGUGGGGGCCCGCGGGCCGCAGGACGGGCUCCCGGGGAGGCGUCCGAAGUCUGCUGGUUCCAGAAGCAGCUCCUCCUCCUCCUUCUCCUCUGGGAGGGGGUCCAUGUCCUCGGUGGGCUACCUGGGCGGGGGGGCGGCUGCGGGGGACAGUGGAGGACACACACGUCCUCCUGGGCCUCUGGAGGAGGACGACCUGGAUCACGAGGGCGGGAGUCAGAACUUACUGAUGGACAGCUCGGAGUCGUCCGGCGAGAGCGUCAGCGGCUUCAGCAGUUCCGGCCACUCGGCCGUCGGGGGAGAGGCUGAAGAGGCGUCGGGGGCCGACGCGGCGGCAGCUGAGCGGCGUGAGGCAUCUGCUGCCUCCCACAAACCCAGCGCCCGUGAAGGAUCUCCGGAGAAAAGCCAGCCCCCGGUUGCACCCGAAUCCAAGGCCAAACCACAACAGACCCGUGGCAAGAAUAAUAAUACUGGAAAAUCCACUGAAGUGUGACCUCAGGCCUCUUAUAUGAGCAGCAGAUUCUGGAGACCGUCCAGCAAAAGCAGACACAGUUUGUUUUUGACCGAAUGUUGUUUUCUACCAACUGUUCCUAAAUCCAUAACCACUCUGUAUAUAUAUUUCUAAUCUGUUCGCUAAAGUAAGUAAAAGGUCAAAAAAAUGCACUGUUCUGUAUUUUAUGAUUUUUAUUUUGAAACGCUUACGGGCGUGACGGCUUAACGCUAAACUGUUAGAAACGUGGGUCUAAUAUGAGGCAUGAGGUAUUUUUACAAGAUAAUUAUUCUGCUUUUUGUACAGAUUUAUACAACAUGUCGACUUAUUUCAUGGUAAAACACAUCUACUCUGUGUUUGCUUUAUGUGUGAGCUCAUGAAGCUGAGCUUUUUAUUUGAACUACACAACAGUGCAGUGCAUUUGCUUUUAUCUGACUUCCUAUUUGCCCCUCAUAAAACUGUGUGAGGAUUCUUUAUUAAAACACUACUUUGUACCUGUGCCUUCAUUACCUGUGCAUUAAAGGCCGUCAUACGAGAAAA